UUACGUUGCAAGAUCCAGCAAGGGAAAAAUCAUGUGAUAAUUUACUCAAACUUGUCCAGAAACACUAGUCGAAUAAGCACGUAUCUCUAUAAUUCAUAAUGGCAAGUGAUAUUAGGAAUAUUAUCGACUACACAAGAUAUCCAAUUUCUGAGUCUGAGAGUCCCAUUCUCCAAGAAGUCAUCAACCGUGCAAGGAGCGAACUGAAGGACAACGGAAUCACCUUGUUGCAUGGUUUUAUGCUUCCUUCGGCUAUUCGUCAAACAAUCCUAGACACGGAGGAAGCCUUACCGAUUGCGUUUCGUGGAACAGUUGACCACAGUGUCUAUCUUGAGGAAUGCAAGGAAAAUUCUGUCCUCAAGAAAGAUCACGCGAGGAACAUUUUGUGUCGAUCUUCAAAAUGUUGCGUUGCGCACGACCAAAUCAAGACAAACUCGCCGCUGAAUCAGCUUUAUAUGUCACCGGAGAUGACAGAGUUCGUUAGAAUUCUUCUUCACAGGGACUUGCUCUACCGAACGGCUGAUCCCCUUGGAGCCUUAAAUGUGCACGUCUACAGAGAAAAUGAUCAGUUGGAUUGGCAUUUUGACCGGGGGAAGUUCGCUGUGACACUCCUCCUUCAAGCACCAGCGGGUGGGGGAUGUUUUCAAUACAUUCCAUCAACAAGAUCUGAUGGAAGUGAAAGCCAUGACCUAGUCAGGGAAGUGCUAUUGGCAACUAAGGCUGGACAAGAUCUGACAGCUCUGGGGGUGAAAGAUGCUGACCUGCAGCCAGGAACACUAGUGAUAUUUUGUGGGCAAAACUCAAUGCAUCGUGUUUCCCCAGUUGAGGGCAAAAAGUUCAGAAUCCUUGCUGUUUUAUCCUAUGAGCAGAAAGCUGAUGUUCACUUGAAUGAAUACACACGAAUGAAAUUUUUUGGGCGCUUGAAAUAACAUAAGUCACAUCUGUAAAUGAUAUUUUUAACUUUACUGAUCUUUAGAAUGUGGU